GGGUGAUUCUGAGAAGGCUUCAAGGAAUAGGCAGACAUUUGAACAAGGCUGCUGAGGAAGGAUAGGCUGUGGAUAUUAGGCUGCAGCGCUCCCGCCCGUGUCCCGCCUCGGCUUGCGAGGCCCUGAACCCCAACACCGACAGAAGUCGCGCCUGCUCACGGCCCCGUGGAGCCGCGGAGGGAGGGGACGGAGAACAGGGCGGAGGCGGAGUCAGGACGCCAGCGCGUGGGCCCCGCCCCCUUAUGUCGGGUAUAAAGCCCCUCCCGCUCACGGUUUCCCCAGUCCGCCAAGGCUCGGAAACCCUUCACCAUGUCGUGCGAGGCGUCUAUGGUUUUGGGGUACUGGGAUAUUCGUGGGCUCCUGACUAUGAUCGAAGCCAAUGGCUGGAUGUGAAAUUCAAGCUGGACCUGGAUUUUCCUAAUCUGCCCUACCUCAUGGAUGGGAAGAACAAGAUCACCCAGAGCAAUGCCAUCUUGCGCUACAUUGCUCGCAAGCACAACAUGUGUGGUGAGACUGAGGAAGAAAAGAUUCGAGUGGACAUCAUAGAGAACCAAGUAAUGGAUUUCCGCACACAACUGAUAAGGCUGUGUUACAGCUCUGAGCACGAAAAACUGAAGCCUCAGUACUUGGAAGAGCUACCUGGACAACUGAAACAAUUCUCCAUGUUUCUGGGGAAAUGCUCAUGGUUUGCAGGGGAAAAGCUCACCUUUGUGGAUUUUCUCACCUAUGAUAUCUUGGAUCAGAACCGUAUAUUUGAGCCCAAGUGCCUGGAUGAGUUCCCAAACCUGAAGGCUUUUAUGUGCCGUUUUGAGGCUUUGGAGAAAAUCGCUGCCUAUAUACAGUCUGAUCAGUUCUUCAAGAUGCCCAUCAACAACAAGAUGGCCCAGUGGGGCAACAAGCCUGUAUGCUGAGCAGGAGGUAGACUUGCAGAGCUUGUUUUGUUUCAUCCUGUCCCUAAGGGAUCAGCACUCUUUCUUUGCUCUUUUCAAUAAAUAGCAUUUAGGUUACUGGUGUCCAGCUGAAUUUCUCUUGGGUAUAAAGGCUAAAAGGGAAAAAGAAUAAGUGGAGAAUCAUCAAGAUAUGAAUUGAAUCACUGCAACACUGGCAUCCCCCUACUCCCCAACUGAGUUCAAGCACUGUAGGUUCAUGCCCAAGCCUUGAGAGUGGGUACUAGAAAAAGAUUGCACAGUUGGAGAGAGCAGGUAUGUUAAAUGGGACUGGAGUCCCUGUGAAGACUGGGUGAAGUAAAACUGUGGUACUGAUGGACUUAACUGGAGUUCAAAAACCAUCCUGUGUACACAUGGGAGUUUAGUGUGAUAAAGGUAGUAUUUCAGACUGGUGGUCUAGCCAGUAGAGUUGGGACAAUUGCUUACUCAUUAAAAAUAAUAGACCCCCCCCACUUGACACUAUUCACUAAAAUCUGGAAUUUAAGACCCAACAUUAAACACAGAGCUGUUGAAGUAUUGA